CUGUUGAGUGAUGGGAGUAUAAUGUUAAACCGGGUGUUGGAGGAUGCCAUGUAGAAGUGUAGUGAUAUACCCUAUACUGGCUGUCAGGACAGAGGAGGCUAUUUUAGUUGGCCACUCACAGAAGGCAGUAGGAGUCAUUAAAUUUGACUUGAGUUUUCUUCCUGUCAUUUAAAGAAGAGCUGCUGCUGUUUGCCUCAACAGGUUUUCUGCAGUGAUUAAAAAAAAGACAAAAGCCAACCAUGUCUGAGGCACAGAAAAAAUCAAAGAUCUCUGCUUCUCGCAGACUAGCGCUCAAGACCAAGCUGCUGAAAAUGGCAACUGUAAUGUUGGAGAAGGAGAAGGAGGAUAAGAAGCUGGAGAGAGACGCUACUUUGAGUGAGAAAGUCCCUCCACUUCAGCUGUCUGGUUUGUCCACGCAGGACCUUCAGGCUCUGUGCAAAGAACUACACCAUAAGAUCGAUGUGGUAGAUGAGGAGCGCUAUGACAUUGAAGCCAAAGUGGCCAAAAACAACAAGGAGAUUGAAAAUCUGUCUCAGAAGAUCUUUGAGCUGAAGGGUAAGAUGAAGCGACCUGCUCUCAAGAGGGUGAAGAUCUCGGCUGACGCCAUGUUGGGAGCUCUGCUGGGCUCUAAGGUCAAAGAGUCUGUGGACUUCAAGGCCAACCUCAAGACUGUGAAGAAAGAGGAGGAGAAGAAGGAGGAGGUGACUGACUGGCGUAAGAACGUGGAGGCCAUGUCUGGUAUGGAGGGCAGGAAGAAGCUGUUUAAUGCUGGACAGUAGAUUUUAUAUUUAUGGACAUUUUAAAUAUGAAUGCUGUUUUACAGUGGACAAGAAUAGAGAGGAGAAUAAAGUUGUCACUGCUCACAGUGUCACAGUUGUCACACUGGUCGACAGUGUAUGUGUGACUGUGUGUCUAGACUUCACAUUUGUAAUAUGCAAAAAUAUUAAGAUUAAAAGGAAGGGAAUUAUGUAUAUUUUACAUAUAAAUUAGUUGCACUCUGUCGUCAUUUUGUGGUAUUUGCACAUUUUUAAUUUGUCUAUACUUUCAUAACAGAUAUAGUUAAAUUUGCUGUGUGUCUUGACCUUGAAAUGCCUUGAAAAGACUGGUUCAUGUUAUGAUAAUAAAUACUUCUGAUUAACACAGAAAACUGAUCCUACACUUUUCUCUUUAAAUAUCUACUUUAUCAUCCGAGUUGCUUCUUGAUACUAGAUUGGGACACAACUUCAGCCAGAUGGUAGUAAUAGUUCCGUUGUCAACAGCAGCCGCUGAGAACAAAGUUGCUGAAUCAUCUUUGUAAAUCAAAGCAGAUGUAACAAUCACUGUGAACAUCCAAAAAUAAGAGAGGUUGCAGGUUAUCCUACUGCUGCCCUUUCAGUCUCGACCCAAAAGUAUUCUCUCGACAAGACUUCUGAUGUGGAAAAUCAUACAGGACAGCGGUGAUAAACACAAAGCAUACUGUAUUAUGGGGGGAGCUCCACUGAUUUACACAUAAAGCUCAGUUAACUAGUCAAAGUGAGUACUACUUAGCCUCAUGAACAGUUACAUAAUGUCUUCUGAAGCCAAAAGUCUGUGUUACAAACUGGAGGUGUGAAGUUUGAAUGAUGUAGGAGAUUAACAGACAAGGAUCUAAUGCCGUGUUCACGUCGUAUUGUUUGUCAGAGUCAGAGUUGUAAUUGUGAGUCGGAGAUUUCGGGAAUUUCUCCCACUUGGGGAAAAGAACUACAGAUGUGUAUAAAAAAGUUUUUGGGCAAAAUGGCUGCAUCACUGGCAGUUACAUCUAAAUAAAAUCCAAUAUUAACACUAAUAUUACGGAAGCCCCCUAAAGGUCAUGGCAAG